AUGCGUUUCCUCACCACCGCCCUCGUCUCCGCCCUCGCGGCCGACCCGUCCGGCAACGCGAUCUACACCCCGGCCCUGAACCAGAUCGUGCCGGUGGGCGAGGCCUUCGACAUCACCUGGAACGCGACCACCAGCGGGGACAUCUCGCUGGUGCUGCUGCGCGGACCCAGCACGAACAUGCAGGUGCUGUCGACCAUCGUCGACAGCACCGAGAACACCGGCUCGUACACCUGGACCCCCAGCACCUCCCUCGAGCCCGACACCACCCACUACGGUCUCCUGCUGGUCGUCGCCGGCACCGGCCAGUACCAGUACUCCGACCAGUUCGGCAUCAGCAACCCCUACUACUCCUCUUCUUCGUCCGUCGCUGCUGCUGCCACCAGCACCAGCUCCACCUCCACCUCCACCGCUGCCGCCACCGUUGAGACCACCAAGGUCGUCGUCGCCACUACUGCUGUUGCUCCCCAGGAGACCGUCACCGUCCCCCACGCCGCGGCCACCAAGCCCGCCUUCACCUCCGUCCCGGUCAUCAAGCCCUCCACUCUUGUCUCCGGGUCCAGCACCCCCUCCGGCACCCCUGCUGCUAGCAGCUCGUCCGUGGCCCCCGUCUACACCGGUGCUGCCGACCGCAACGCCAUCAGCUUCGGCGCUGUGGCUGUUGGUGUUGCUGCCGUUCUGGCUUUCUAA